AUGAACCCUUGGAUUCAUCUCACCAGCAUCCUCAGCUUGACCGCUGUGGCUGCUGCAGCUCCUCGCACAAAGACUUGCUACACGAGCCCUCCUACGACCGUCACCAAGCUUGUCACUCAGACUUGCCCUGCUCCCAAGACUGUCUAUCUUGACACUGCUGGCAACACAGUUGCUGCACCUGCUCCAACCAACCCAGCCAGCUAUGUCACCACUCUUGCAGGUGUGACCAAGGUCACCCAAAUGGUCUACCCGUCAUCUGUGACCUGCUACGCCGGCGAGACUGUCACUAUCGGCGGCGUCCCUACUGUUAUUGCAGGCGGUGCUGGCUCCACAAUUCUUUCGAACUGCCCUUGCUCUAUGCAGAAGACCGUGGUCGCUCCUGGCCCUGUUGUCACUCUUCCUGCCGCAUUCGCUCCCGGUGCAAACGCAGGUGGAGCUGCUGCUGGCGGUGCAGCUGGCGGAAACGCCGGCGGUGCUGUUGGAGGCGCUGCUUCCACUGUCAUCAACACCUACUACGUCUACCCCACCGCUUUCAUCGGAAAUGGAGGCGAGACUUUGACCAUUUCUGGCACUCAGACCGUCCUUCCUUCCGCUACUGUUAUCGAUCAGUGCCCUUGCACUCAGGCUACUCAGAUCACUGUUGUCGGACCCACCGUCACCAACACAGUCACUCAAUUCGUUCCCGUCGUGACCGUCAUCGCAGGCGCAACUGUCACCAGCACAGCUACCGUCGUUUCUGGCGUGACCGUCACCACAACUGCCACCGAGACAGCCACGGCUGGCGCUGGAGUUCCUGCUGCAGGCACUUUCGGUACUACCGUUGAUGGCGUUACUUUCCUGAUCGAGGAACAGAUCAACUACGAUGGCACUCCCCUUGCUCUUCCUGCCCGUAAGAACAAGCGCCAGAACGUUGGUGUUUCUCUCCAAGUCUGUCUUGAGACUUGUGCCGACAACGAGGCUUGUGCUGGCACAUCGCUCAGCACCGACUCUUCUGUCUGUCUUUACUUCAGCGCCAUCUUCCAGUCCACCAGACGUCGCGAUGUCACCAUCAUCUUCGCCACUGUCAUCAGCCGUGUUACUCCUACUGGCACUUCCAGCUUGAGCUCAUCUGCUAGCUCCACUGGCAGCUCUUCUUCGGUCUCUUCCAGCUCUGCUUCUUUGACCACAUCCACUUCUGCCACAUCUACCUCUGGUACUUCCACUUCCGGUACAUCCACCUCUGGAACCUCGACUACCUCGAACGGAGGAACUUCCACCUCUGGAACCUCUACUUCUGGUACUUCGACCUCGGGCACUUCCACUUCAGGCACUGCCACCACCAGCCAGACCGCCGACCCCUCUUCCGACCCUGAUGUUCCUGCUGAGGAGGAGAUUGUCGCACGUGCCGCCGCUCCCAGACCCGCUGGCCUGACCCUUCGCGAGGCUCACCGCAACAAGGCCGGUGCCGUCGUUCGUCGCGGUGGUGUUCUCCGCCGUUCCAAUGCUGAGCUCGCUGCCAAGCACGCUCCUCGCAAGGUUGUCAUUGAGCUUUAA